AUGGAAUAUGACUACAAGGUGUCGAUAGCCAUUACAGAGCAUAAAGAUUAUCUACACAAGAAGAGGAAGGCGUUCUGCAAGUGGAUAGCUCGGAAGCUGCACGAGGACAAAGAAUUUCUUGACUGUGCAUUCUUCACACAUUCCGCACAUAUCUGUCUGGAUGGGACAGUAAAGCGGGAGAAUGCCUACUUCUGGCGCAAAUGUGACCCUGAUCCAAAUGAUGACCCUCAAAAAGAUAUCUCGAAAGGGGUAACCGUAUGGUAUGCUCUUUCUCAGAAGUACUUGAUCGGUCCUUUCUUCAUCACAAGAGAAAAGAACGAGGAGCAGUACAAAGACAUGCUUCGGAAUAGAUUCAUGGCAGAGUUAAAAGCGUUAGAAGAAAAAGGAAUGAAAAAAUACAGGGGAUGGUCAGAGCCCUGCAAUGCCCGCCGGUGCUUCUUAUGUCCGAGUAUGAAGCCGCGGUGUGACUCUUUGGUGAUGAGAAGAGAUGACGGAAAAGAGAAAACGCACCGGCUUGUUGCUGUGGGAGUUGGAAACUGCGGGACUACGCACGAUCACCACAAAGAAACCAUGGCAGAAUUCCCAUAUUACUUGUCCGUGGCCGUACCAGAGAAUCUCAUCUAUCUUUACAAGAUGAGGAAGGAAUUCUGCCAGUGGAUGACUCGAAAACAGAAGGAAGAACCAGAUUUCCUAGAUUUCGCAUUCUUCGCAAAUUUUGCAUAUUUCUAUGUGGAUGGAACAGUGAGGAGAGAGGAUGCCUGCUUUUGGGGUGAGAGUCAGCCAGAUAUCGUCACCUCAAAUGAGGAUUCCGACCAAAAGGGACGAUCAGAGCGCUGCAAGGCCCGGAAAUGUGAGUCAUGCCCGGUAAUGAUGGAAUGCGACUCAUUGGCGAUAGGCGAGAGUAGACCCUGGGAGAGACGGUUUGACCAUGCGGUCGUCGCUGUUGGCAGUGGAAAUUGCAAGACGAAUUUUGUGGUAUACUGCAUCACCUGCACCCAAUGCAAACAACAAUAUAUUGGCAGUACAGAGAGGCAUCUACAUAAACGCCUGGGAGAGCAUAAGAGAGCCAUAGAGAAAAGAUCGAGGAACCGGUUGGCGCUCCACAUGAGAGAAUGUGUGUCGUCUGAAUGGAAGCGUGUGGAAGUAGGCAUUUUGCAUAUUCCGCAGGGAAUAUAUAGAAAUUCAGAGGGAAUAUUCAGAAAACCACUGGAGGACCUGGAGUAUUACUACAUCAAUCGGUACUCCCCUGAGCUGAAUGAAAAGAAGGGAGAAAGAGGAAAACAUAUCGGAGAAAAUGGGACUCGGGCUCCUAGCAUAGGCUCUAUGAAAACCUUGGGCUCUUCUUACGACUCCAAUGACCCAUCCCGAAUAAUAGGUACUGCAAAUCACUCGUAA